UUUCCGACAGGUACGGCAUUGCAGCCAGCCAGCUUCGAUUUCUGGUAACUGUAUUGCCGGGCCGAUCAUUAAUCAUUGAUUAUCUCGCGGCAAUUAACUAAAUUAUAACACAGUAGCAACCGAAAAUGCAGUGAACAAUAAUUUUAUACGCCUUAAUAGUAAUUCGUAGACAUUAGUCGUUCUGUUUGAUGUGUUUGUUCAUAUAAGAAGAAUUAAAUCUCCAUUUUAAUUUGCACCUGGACGUGUUUCGAGCAUGAGAGUGUAGUGAGACAGUUGACAGUGUACUUUAUAUGACAACUAAAAUUUGAGUGAUGUUUCGUUUUAUAUACCUAAAGGCCAGUACUGAUUUUUAACUAGAAUUUUAAGAACUUGGCUGUGCAUCCAUCUCUCGCUGUUUGCAGCAGUCUGUUUUACUAAACCCACCUAGGAAGAGUUCUAAACUUUGCUUCUGCCGUAUAAUAAACAUGAGCCGACCUGUGCAACGUAUACAAGUACCCGAAGAUCUAAGAGAAGUACUACUAGAGUUUACAAUAAACUAUCUGUUAGAGCAACCGGGCGACGUUAUUAACUUUGCUGCCGAUUACUUUUGUCGAUUAAGAGACAAUCGAACUGGAAUUGUAUUCGAAGGUGUAAUCGGUGCAACGGAUGCCUCGUCUCCUGAUGAAUCUAUAUCUAGGGAAGAAGAACCACCCGUCGGACGCUUCACAGGCCGUCGUAAAUCGGUGUUUGCGGAGACGUACGAUCCCGAAGAAGACGAAGACGACUGUGCCAAGGUGGUGUUUCCUAAAUCGGAUGAACAGCGGCAGCGACUGGCGGACGCCGUGCGCAACAUUUUAUUAUUUCGCUCGUUAGACAAAGAACAAAUGCAGGAUGUUUUGGAUGCAAUGUUCGAAAGAAGAGUUACUGCUGAUGAGCUAGUCAUAAAGCAAGGAGACGACGGUGAUAACUUUUACGUCAUUGAAAGCGGAAUUUAUCACGCAUUGGUGGGCGAUUCCGGACAGGAACCUAAACACAUUCACACGUACGAAAAUAGUGGAAGUUUUGGAGAACUAGCUUUACUCUACAAUAUGCCGAGGGCGGCGACAAUAAAGGCCGCCUCCGAAGGUUCAUUAUGGGCUAUGGACCGUCAAACAUUUAGACGCAUUUUACUUAAGUCGGCUUUUAAGAAAAGGAAGAUGUACGAAGCGUUGAUAGACGGAGUGCCGAUGCUGAAGACGUUGCAAUCGUACGAGAGAAUGAACCUUGCCGAUGCUUUAGUUCCUAGGACUUACAGCGCCAACGAACGAAUUAUAAAACAGGGCGACGCCGCUGAUGGAAUGUAUUUCAUCGAAACUGGAACGGUGAUUAUUAAGGCGUAUAAUGAUCAAGGUGAAGAGGUAGAAAUUAACAGAAUUGGUAAAGGGGGAUACUUUGGAGAGCUCGCUUUAGUGACGCACAGACCAAGAGCUGCUUCGGCUUAUGCUUCUGACGAUCUGAAACUCGCAUUUCUUGAUGUGGAAGCCUUUGAGCGUCUUCUCGGACCAUGCAUGCAACUUAUGAAAAGAAACAUUAACGAUUACGAAGAACAAAUGCUCAAGAUAUUCGGCUCAAAGCAAAACAUGAAGGAUAUUCGAUGAAUACAACUGUGCCAUUGAAGAAACAAAUCCCCAUUGCAUUAAUUUUGAAAUACCGCAUGUGUCCACCAGCAACAUCCUACUGCGGGGGUAAAGAAUUUACUAGUCAUUGUAUAUAAUAUAUUAUGAACCUGCGUGAAUAUCCUUGUGUCCUUAUAUCUGUAGAAGUAUCGCUAAGCAUAAUAAGUGGAUGCCGCAGGACAGCAUCUUGUACUUACUAUCUUAAUUUUUACUUCUACCAUUUAUAUGUUGAAUGGGAUUGUUAAACUUUUCCCUCUGCCUUUCAUGUCUUAAUCAAUUAAAUAAAAAUAAAGUGAUAGCUUUACUCUCUCAAUAUAAAUAAAGGCAUAAAAAGUUGUACUCUAUUUUUGCGCCUUAAUAUUUAUCUAAUGGUAUGAAUUAAGUUAACCAAACACUCGGAGCUAGUGCAAUCUCUUUAUUUACAUAUAUUUAUAUAUUAUAUCGAGUGUUUCAAUAAGAAUUCUUUUGAAAUGAGAAUAAAUAUAUAAGAGUACCUACUUAAGGCUGAAAAUUCAAUAUUUAUUACUUAAUAAUAUUCAAAGUACAAUUAGUUCCAAGCUUUUGCACAGUAUUACGUUAAGAUCGUACAAACUAUACCUUAUGUACAAAUAAGUUAUUGUAAUCGGGAAAUGGGAAUAGAAACAUGGACGUUAUAUAAUUUGCACACUCGCACAGAAUCAGGUUAGGUAACCAAAGCAAUUCAUAUCAUUUUAAUAUAGCCGGUCACAGGUUAAGGUGGAACAUUUUAGAAAUUAGUGUAUGUAAACUAUUCCUAAUAAACUAUUUUGUUGUAGUUAAGUGAAACCUGAAAAAUUUAAGCAUCUGAACUACGCUCAAGAACAACUUAUAAAUGAUCUGUAAUGAUUGAAGUGGCUAUUAUUUCUCAGUAAUAUGGAUCUGUUGCUUCUAUACGGGUUUACCAAAGCUUAUCUUAGUUACAUGCAUUUAAUUCAAUUUCUUCAUAAAAAGUAAGAACCUAGUUAUGAAAGUAACAACUAAAUACUAUACCAAAGAGUGCUAACUAUAAAGAGAUUUAUGUUCGCUUCUUAUGAAACCAAUCACUAGAGUAUGUGUAACCAACGAGCUAAAAGAUUACAGAUUUAUACAGUGGAUUUUGUUUUUUAACAAUGUUUUAAAAAAACAAAAUGUGCUGCAUAAAUCUGGAAUUUCGGUACUAACACAAGGAAACAGUGGACUGACACUAAAACCCUACUGGUUGGCUUUAUAAAAAGCGUUAUACUUGGUAGUAUUUGCCAUUAUGUUUUUGACACAUUGUACCCAAAGAUUUGGACUGCACCACGAUGUAAAUCACAAUUUAUUUGUUACUUUCGUAAAUUGCUACUUCCAGCAUGUUAGUACAUACCUAAUGUUGAUUUGUUUGACAAGUACAAUUACUUUGGUGCUAUUGAACUAUCAAGUCUCAAUGCUUGCAGGUCAAGUGUUCCGUCUUGGAGUCGUUAAACUGCACAACUAAUGUAAUAAAAACGAUUAAUAUUUGUUGUUUUAAAUCACUAUUGAAUUGAUGCUUAAAUUCUUCGAAAUUUGAAUAAUGUUUAACUGUUAGCUCUAGUUGAAUGUAUUAUGUAGUAUUUAUGGGAAAUUACUGUCUGCGAGGAGAUAUAGUGUCUGUCAGGUUGUAUUAUAUGUUGUCUGUCAUGUUGAGUGUUAGUUCAUAAUUGAUUUCGGUAGUCGAUCAUUUCUUAAAAAUUCUUGUUUAAAAUAGCUAAUAUAAAGUAGUGCGUGAUAGUAGUAUCGGACUUUGUUUUGUUCGAGGCAGCACCUAUGAAAAAUUAUUUUAUUACUGCAUAAACAUUUAGCGAGGACAUAAAAAAUUACACUGCCAGAAGAUAGUGAUAUAUUUUAGAAUGAAUAUUAAUAGAACGAAGUUGAUAAAUGAACUGAAAUUAAUUUGGCAUAGAUGCCUGCUUAGAGAAAACAAAAAUUAAUUGGUGCAACCUUAACCUAAACCAAAUCGGAAGAAGGCGAGUAAGUUGUAUUGCUGUUUUAAACAUAUAUGAUAUAUUUAUGAAUCCCUUUGCACAAGUUUGCUUUUAUGUGUAUUUAUUAUACCAAAAAUUAGAAUCUCGUUUUUUUUUGUUAAUUUUAAAUGUAUUGUUGCCAUUUCACAUGCCAUAUUGUUAUAAUAUGAACACAUGGGUCCCAUCUCAAAAAUUUCUGAGAUUCCUUAGUUGUAUGUAAACGCUUCCACGAUGAUGACUAAAUGAGCUUAUUAAAAUACUUCACUCGUU